AGUUUUUUUCGCCACCGGCGCCGGCGCUUGCACCGCGACCCGCGCCGUCCGCGGCGCGCGGCGGGGCCCCGCAAGCCAUGGCCGACGAAAGUUUCAAAGAGUUGCUGCAGAAAUUGGAGCGGCAGCACAGCAACGAGGUGGCGAUCUUGCAAAAAGAGAUCAGGGACUUGAAGGCGAAAGCCUUGGUGAAGCUCGAAGAGCCCAAGGCAGUCUUGGGCCCAAAAGUGGAAGCACCUCACAGCAGGUGCGUGAGCCGAGAGAACCCAAAUCAGGCCGUGCCCCACGAGGUGGACCACCGGAAGCCAGCGGGCGACCUGCAGGACGUGGAGUCAGUGGACGGCGCGGAGACCAACGGCAACGUGAACCGGAUCUCCACGAGCUUGGAGGUGCCGAGGACAAAACCGCCACAGCUGCACAUGGGUACGGUGAGCAGCAUGGGUACCGCGAGCGGCUCGUUUUCAGUGUCCUCCCCAACGGGCGAGCCAAAGGACACUCCAGAAGCGGAGAGUAAGCCAAAAGAACCCCUGGGUUGCAUGGGCACCUGCGAGAAGUGGGUGAAGAGCGACGCGUUUGAGCUUGCUGUGGCUGGCCUGGUGGCGCUUAACUUCUUCACCAUGGCGGCAGAGAUGCAGUAUGAGGGGUUGCAGAUUGGCUAUGUGCUCGGCCACCGAUGGCUGACGGCCCCGGCCAGCGAAUUCUGGCCCGGGGCGGCGACAGUGUUCGAGGUCUUCCGGAUGGUCUUCCUAGUGGCCUUCAGUGUGGAGAUCCUCGUCCGCGUGUUCUUCUUGAGAGGCCAGUUCUGCAAGACGGCCUUCAACAUCAUCGACUUCUCCGCGCUCUUGGCCUCCAUCGUGGAACUCUUCUCCUUGAACUUGCCGGUGGACCCCACCUUGCUCCGGCUCUGCCGCCUCGCCAAGCUCUUUAGGACAAUCCGGGUGCUGCGGUUCUCAGGGAUGCUGGACAGCUUGAGCAUGUUGGCACGGUGUAUGAGCUCCAGCGGACUCACCUUGGUGUGGUCCUUGGUCUUCUUGCUCGUGAUCCAGCUGAUCGCCGCCAUGAUGGUCUGCCUCAUGGUCAAGCCCUACUUAGAGGACGCCUCCCUCAGUGCCAACCCCACCUUCCUCGCAGAGCAGCAAGCAGUAUACCGCUACUACGGCACAUUCAGCAUCGCUGUGCUCACGCUUUUCGAGGUCUUCUUUGCGAACUGGUCGCCCGCCUGCCGAGUUCUCACGGACAAUAUCUCCGAGUGGUACUCGCUGCUCUUCCUGAUUUACCGCUGCGCCAUCGGCUUUGCAGUCAUCAAUGUGGUGAACGCGGUCUUCGUGCAGCAAACUCUACAGGUGGCCAAAGGCGACGAGGAAGUCCUCUUCUUGGAGAAGCAGAAGGCAGAGGAGAAGUACUUCAAGAACGUGGCGAAGAUCUUUAAGAAGCUGGACACCUCAGGUGAUGGCCUGCUGAGCUGGAGCGAGUUCAAUCAGCUCUUAGAAGAUCCCAAGCUCCGGUUCCUUCUGGACAAGCUGGAGAUCGCCGCCGGGGACCUGAAGGUGCUGUUCGACCUUUUGGACGACACCGGCGACGGCGAGAUCUCCGUGCAAGAAUUCAUCGAGGGCGUUACGCGCUUCAAGGGCGCCGCGAAGAGCCUGGACGUGGGGCAGUUGCUGCUGCGCACGCGGCGACUGGAGCGAUCCAUCAUAGCCAUUGAGCGGUGUUUGAUUCCAGAUCACCACGCACGUGGCAGCACCAAGGAGAGGACGGGCACUGAAUGACGCUCGUCGAACGUGCGGAUCUGAUAUGUCAGGCUUCGUACUUGCUUUUGUUGCUA